UGUUUUUCUUUAAGAUAUCCAUCUUUAUUUCUCAUCCUCUUCACAAAGUUCUCCUUUCACGUAUUUUGGGAGGAACAUUCAUUAAAUUUUCCUUCACCUAGAAUGAAUAAUUAAUGUGCAUAUUUUCUCAUGUGCUAUAUGAUUAGAAGCAUUGAAAUCUACAUUAAAAACAUGUUCAAAAAUCUCAGCAUACAGGCUAAAUAUGGAUUGGCAGCAACUGCAACACCCAUCAUCAUCUUUGCCGGCAUUUAUAUUGCUUGGGGUUAUGCAAGUCGUUCUCUGAAAAGAAAUCGACAUGUUUUUACGAGGUCCAUGUCCAUUGGUGUUAUUCACGGUGGCAAACCAGCCUUGCAGAGAUUGAUAGAUUUUCACAAAGCUCGACUAGAUGCAAAAAUACCAAAUAAAGCUGUAAAAAAAUUGAAGUACACACUUGUAAAGGAAAAACCUGAUUUCUUUCAUUUGAAGAGUACUGUGGCAAAGCUGGAAAUGACAGGAAAAGAAGCUGAGGCAGCGGCACUACUAGAAGUAGUAUAUGAGAGGGCCAUGAAGCAAAAGAAACCUCAUGAAGCCUACGAGAUUGAAAUGUUACUUGUGGAAAUGCUUAUCUACCAGGGAGAGUUCAAAAAGGCUUUUGAUCGCAAAUGCUUCGACCAAGUAGAGAUUUCAGACGCCCGGCGUCCACUCUUUAAGGCUAUUCUUCACCUCAUAUUGGAGAUUAACGUUGAACAAGCCUUAGAAUGUUGGGAAGAGUUUACCCAUAUUCGGGAAAACUUCAGUUGGCAACCUAGUUUGGAAGAAGACAUACUCAAGGAAGUUGUUUCUGAUUUCAGAAAGUUCAAGGAGGUAGUCAAUCUUCUCAAAGAAGAUAUUAAAGAGAUUCAGGCCCUUAAGAGAGCGAAAGCACUGAAAUAAUAAAUUAAUGUAUAACAGGUGCAAGUAACAAAUAACUGAAUAAGAUAUAAAAUUCCCUACCGACUAAUUUAAUUACUUUUGCUUUGCUCAUUCUUCGUUUCGGGUUAGGAUUGUACUUGUCUAAAAACAAGAAUGUGAGAAAAUACUAUUUGUGAAGAACAAACAUGCCAAUAUCAGCAACCGUCUUUCUCAAUGCUAUAUAUCUAUAAU